AAAAAAAAAAUAAAAUAAAAGAAAGAGAGAGAGAGAGAGCGAAAAUGGAGAUCAGAGUGAAAUGCAGGUGCGGCAAUGGCGGAUGCUCAGAAUGGGCGAUCGUGGAGCUCCAGGGCGUGGUGGAGAGCCAGGUGUCAUCCAUCGGAACACGCAUCGAAGGCCUCGAGAUCGGCAACCUCUGCCGCUCAUCCUCUUCCUCGCAAGAAACCUACACCUUCACCAUUGGCUACCACGAGCUCUCCGGUUCCAAAAUUGCCCUCAAGAAACCCUUGCUGGUUCUCAAGAAACACAAGAAUGAUGAUGAUGAUGAGGAGAUGAAGAAUCCAAGGGUAGAAUUGGAAGUCAUUGGCAUUGUUCGCCAUCGAAUCCUCUUCAAGAACCGCCCUAAAGCCCUGAUUUCAAGGCCACAAUGCAAGGAGAAAAAGUCGGCUUCAUAGACUGAUUUUGUCUACUAUAUUCUCAUGCCCAAGUUAUGCAACAAAGUAUUUGUUAGUUGUUAAAUUGAAACAUUUUAUGCAUAUUAAAUAAUACAAUGGAUGGCUACGAAAAGCAAGGGUUAUGUA